UGACUUACGUUGGUUGCGUUCUUUAUUGACUUUUGCUGAUUGCUUGUAAUACAAACUUUUUUUAAAAACGAAAAAUAAUAAUAAUAAACAACCAGAUGUGCAUGUAAAUACACAUAUGUUUUGAAAAUCCAAUUUAGAAGCAUUCAUAUAAUUUUACUACACUAUGGCCCAUCUCGCCAUUGAUGUUUUAUUCCUUUUCAAAAUGUUCAAAUAUGAAUUGUGCCUACACAUAUGUGUCUGUUUGUGUGUGUGUGUGUGUGUGUGUGUUUGUGCUUUUUUUUUUUUAAACUAAACACUCUUAGCAAAAGGUAAGUUAAAUCAGUUAAGAGCGGUUAUUUAAAACAUGCUCUCCACGUCUCCGCUUGCGAUCAUUUCACUUUCUUGCCCCAAAAGUUGAUACGACAGCGUUAUUAUAAAUGUUGUGUGUUGCCUCAGAAAACACCAUUUAUUUACUUACCAACAACUCGUUAAGACAUCUGUACUAUUUGGCCGUCUCGCUUUUUGUCGUCUAACACAAUUUAAUUUAUAUAAUUGCAAUCGUUCACUAUUAACAAAAUGCAUAUAUCAGCCAAUGUUGCGUUUAUAUCGCUUAUCGUAUUGAGUAUUAGCGGUAUUACUAUACAAUAUCCUGCAGUAUCGCAGGCGAGGGCUACUACGACACUGCAUAUACCGGGUCAGGGUUCAAUUGUAGGCGGCUAUGCGACAACCUCAUGGUCUGAACAGGCUUUCAUGCAAUUUCUUGGUAUACCGUAUGCCGAAUCGCCACGGGAAGAGUUACGUUUUAAGUUAUCGGUUAAACGCAAGCCAUGGACUCACAUAUUGAAUGCUUCCAACUAUGGACGACGUUGUCCCAGUCCCACGAAUGUUAAUAAAAUUGCAGAAGAAGAACUCAAAGAGGAUUUAGAAGACUGUUUAAAUUUGUGCGUGUACACGAAAGAUCUCAAUGCUCAGCAACCAGUUAUGUUCUAUGUAUACGGAGGUGGUUUCUUUAACGGUUCCAAUAAAGAUCAUCCAGCUGGAUUUUUAUUGGAGAAGGAUGUCGUUUUGGUAGUACCAAAUUAUCGCAUCGGUGCUUUGGGUUUCUUAAGCUUGAGCAAUGAAGACAUACCAGGCAAUGUAGCGAUUAGUGAUUUAAUAUUGGCCUUGGAAUGGGUAAAAGAUUAUAUAAAGUUUUUCGGUGGCGAUGCCAAACAAGUAACAAUAUUUGGACAAAGCGCCGGAGCUGCCAUGCUGGGUGCGUUACUAUUGAGUCCUAAGACACCAUCGGGUCUAUUUCAUCGUUCUAUUAUACAAUCCGGUUCCAUUCUUAGCUCAUGGGGCGUGCGAAAAGAUCAUAUUAAGCAAAUAAAGUUUUUAUGCAAUACCUUGAAAUGCGAUGAAUGCAUAAGCAACACCGACAUAUAUAAAUGCGUGCGCAACGUCUCUGUGGCAAAGUUAUUAGAAGGAACUAAAAGUGCAUGUUUUGGUCCUGUUUUGGGUGACUAUUAUGGCUUUAUACCUCACGAGCCUCUUGAGCUGCAUAAGGAUAAAACAGUUUCUGUACCAUUGAUGACUGGUUUCACCAAACAUGAUGGCUCAUUUGUAUUGGCGAUUUACUAUGAUGGCCUGAAGAAACACUUACCCAAUCUGUCAAAGGUUACGGUACGUCAAUUUGUCAAUGGCUUAUUCAACAUAAUCAACGAUAACGGUGGUAUUGCGAAUAAUUUGUUGAUGAAGCUGUUGUUUCCAAAAGAUUUGUGGCAAUCAGAUCAGCAUCUAAGAGCCUUAGCCGCUUAUUUCGAUGUAGCAAAUAUUGCAUUUAUGAAAUCGCCAACAAUUACGUUUGCCCAGAAAAUGUUAGAGAAGCAUUCAGGUCCCGUUUAUCUAUACAGUUUUGAUUACGAUGGUCUUAAUACGCGUUUCGGAUAUGAGUUGGGCGACGAACAUUAUCCAUUUUCCGGUGGCGUUCAUCAUUCCAAUGAAAAUAUAUAUUUAUUUCCAACGCAUUCGCUAAAUGAAAAUGAUAAAAAAAUUGCUAUGAAAAUGGUCGAUUUAUGGACGUCAUUUGUCAUAAAUGGUAAACCGCAAACGGACGGCGGCCCAAAUAUUCUACCUAUGGAAGAUGAACUUGGUCCAUAUUUUCAUAUUGAUAAUAACAUUACGUUGGGUUAUAAUGUCCUUGAUGAGCUAAGUGCUACAAUUGAUGAUCCGGAACACGAGAAGUUACACAGGAAACAUAUUAUAUUUUAAGGAUUCAUUCACAUAAAAAUUCGUUAUACUAU